AUGUCAGAUAGAUCAUCUCCCAUUCCAUUGAUGUCCUCAGUACAUCAGCAGCAACAACAACAACAACAACAGCAACAGAUAUUGCCACCACCACCGCCACCACCUUACUCAAAAGCACCACCAACUACAUCCACAAGUUUACUGGAUAUCAAAGCGUUACCAGCCAUUUCAGGAAAUAUCACCAGCAAUAACAACAAUAACAGCAACAACGAAAACGAAAACGUUCACCGCGAUUAUAACUUCCACCAUACAUCUCCAGAUGUGCCUCAACUACCAUCAAUACCAUUAAAUCAGCAACGUUCUUACCAGCAAUUGGCCCAGUAUCAGCAACAACUACAACAAUUUCAACAACAACAACAACAUAAAGAGCUUGAAAAAGGACCGCAUAAUCAACACAACCAGCAAGACUACUCAGCAGCUCAAGCAUUGACUCAAUUGACAAGGAGCAACACUCCACCACUGGAUAUUGAAACAAUUGCGACAACAGAAGGCGACGCAGCCUCGCUUAUGUCGACUGAAGAUGCAAAUGACGAUACGGAUGGCAAUGGCACAAGUCUACCACGUAGACACCCCUUGGUAUCUACAGUAUCAAUGGUAGCCAAACAUCCAAUUGUUAUGAAUGCAGUCAAGUAUUAUGAAAACUCAAAAAGGAACUAUCCAUCUUUCAACUAUGCUGCUGGAAUUGUCGAGGCUGCAGCAAUACCCGUGGUGACAAAAAUUGAGGAUAAUCUAAACACAAGACACCAGUUUCAGCAAAUCAAUUCGUCAAGGAAACAGUCAUCUUCGAUCUCUUCAGCAGCAACUUCAAUCAACCUUACACCAGUGGUUUCAAACGAUCAUAAGCCAAAAAAACGAAGGUUUUCCACUGCAAGCAACUCCUCAAACACAUCAAUAACAUCGAUUGAUGUUAAAAAGAGACUCCAAUUUUGUAUCCAUAUUUUACGAGCUGCAAACGCCAAUAUUAAUUCUAAACUCAAUUUCCUACAAACAAAGAUUAACGAGACAGAAGAAGCUGUAAGAGAAGAACGAGUUAAGUUGCAAAUUCAGCAAUCACACGAAAGCCAGCAAGUGCCAUACUCGACCGACGAAGCUGCACAAAAGACCAAAUCUGAAAUAGUUACCACGGUAAAGAAAAUCAUUCACUUGAUUUCAAACUUCCGUCCGAGCACGCUAAAUCAAGCAAUACCGCCCACCAUAGCCCAACAAGCAGAUAUUAACGGAAACGUUACUUUUAACAGCAACAGUAGUACCAGUACAAAUACCAGCACCAACACCAACACUAGCACCAGCACCAGCACCAACACCAACACCCACACAGAUGGAAAUAACAAUUCAUUGACACCCACUUCAUCCCAUCACUCGUCUGUAAUUCAAGAAUAUGAAUUGAAAAACACUAUCCGUGACAUUAUUUUACACUUGCCUGCUUCCUUACAAAGAUCUAAUGAGAUGGGCGACGGCCACGAUAGAGUAUUUGUAUUUGCCAAGGAGAGCUUGGAUAUGAUUACUAAAUUGACGAAUGUUUUUAGUGAGCAACUUGUAAAAGUUGAAUCGUGGGUGACUGGCGAAGAAGAGCAAGAACAACAGCAACAACAGCAACAGCAAAGCAAACAUUUACAAGUCCAUAAUGUCGAGGAGUAUAAACAAGACGCAGAGAUGAAAGACGGCGAGGAAACAAGCACACGCUGCUCGAGCGAAGAGCCGGAUGGAUUGACUUCAGCUACAAAGAGAAUGAGAAUUGACGAGUUGGUAACGUGA